CGUUGGGCGCGAGCGCUGCAAGAAUUGGCGGGAGAGCGAAACAUAUCAGGAGGCGUCACCGUUUUUGUGUCGCCAUGGAGGAGCUUCAGCACACUCAUCAGGUGAAGAUAUUUCGUCAGAAGAAGACAGAAAUAGCAGCCAUGGAGGACCCGUUCCUUCUUUUAAGUGCCCUGAAGGACAGUGAUGUCAUUGAUGAGCAGCAGUGCAAAGAUGUGCUGGGUUUGCAGAGAAUGGAGAGAGUGCGGGCCCUGUACCAUCUGCUGGAGGAGCUGGAGAAGGAACGUUCAGAGCAGAUACCCCUGUUCUGGCAGAUCCUUCAGAAAGAUCAUAUCCAACGUAGCAGCACAGAGCUGCAGGCUGUAUGGCGCAGCCUACUUGAGAGUGUUCCUGAUGUACCUGAGAUACAUGGUGAAGGAAGUAUUUCUUUAGUUUUACCAGUCAAAUGUGGUGAUGCAAAUGGGCAUCUUUACUCAGGGAAACUGUCUACAGGUGAACCAAGCAUUUUGGUCAAAGAUAAAUGGCUGAAACCAAGCCAGUUUGAGGCUUUAGGUGGAAAAGGCCAAAAUAAAAAAUGGAAACAGAGCAUCCACUUAAAUGGCUGUCCCCUUCAAGAUUUUUUGGAGGAUGUUACCACACAACAAGCUGGUGCCACGAAAAAGAGGACUUUUGGUUUUCAAGACGAGAGAGGAAGAGCCCCAAAAAGUAAACAAUCAAAGGUACCUGAAGCUAGCAAGGAAUGCCCUGAUCUGGAAACCUACACCAUUAUCAGUGAUUCAGAGGCAGAGGAGUCCAAAGAGAAAAUAGAAUUUGAAAUUCAUGCUCCAAUCAAGAAGACAGUUCCUGAUAACAGUGCAAAGAAGAAACAUUGCAAAGACAGUAAAGCAAAGGAUAUUAACUCCGUACUUCCAGUGAAAUGUGGGUCAUUAACAGGGAAUCUCAGUAGAAAACGCUUUUUGAAUGAGUUCCGUGGUAAGAGCAUCAGGACUUCCAAGAGGUGGUGCACUCCUGUGGAGUUCCUUAGAGAGGCUUUCUCUAGUAAGAAAGAUGCUGAGUGGAACAGCUGUAUCUACCAUGAGCAGAAUACCUUAAAAGACCUGAUAAAGGAGAAAGUUCUGGAAUACCAUAAUGAGGACUGCCAGUGUGUGGAUUGUGUCGCAGACGCACUGGAUAUGAAUGAUGAUGAAUGCCAGCCAUGUGGUCAGGGAGGUAAUCUCAUUUGCUGUGAUGGUUGUCCGAGGUCUUUCCACAAAGACUGUCACGUGCCACCUAUCACUGGUACACCAAGGUCAGCUGAGCUCCAUGUUGAAAAUUUCACAUCAGGUAGAAACAACCUGUACACUUACAUUCAUUUCAAAUGGUUUUAUUUCAGUGGGGAAUGGAAAUGCACUUUAUGCAGAUACAGUGAAAUACGGACAAAUGAACCUUUGUUUCAGAGGUCUCAGUUUCUCAAUCUUGAAAUAAAAGAUCACCUCUUGAGAUGCCAGUUUCUUCUCCUAAAAAUAUACUGUGAACCCAAGAGUGCUCCAUUCCUGGAUAAUCCUUGUAACCUGCAGAGGUACUGUGAGGUCAUUGAAAAGCCAAUGUGGCUUGAAAAAAUAAAGCAAAAUCUUCUGAAUAAAAAAUACAAGGUCAUUGAGGAGUUUGUUACAGACAUGCACCUAAUUUUCUCAAAUUGUGCCAAGUACAAUCAGAACAAGUCUAAUACUUGUUUCAGAAAAUUUGGAGAAGACCUUAAGGAACUCUUUGACGAUGAACUUAAGAUGUGUUUUUGUAACUCAUGAAAUAAGGCUAAGAAUAUGUAGUCAUUGAGUUGUUUUUCUUUUUAAAAUAUAAAAUGCUCCUGGAGGAAAUGCUGAAUAGCAUGCAGUCACUCGCUGUUGUUUCCCAAUUAUCCAAGUUAGGGUCUGGACUGCUGCAACCCUAUUUCACAAGCACCGAGCACUAGGCUUGUCAGGGUACACUCUGAACCAGUCUAUCACAGGGUCACCACCCACUCAUGCCACUGCAGAUAAUUCAUAGUCACAAUUUAAACAUGUCUUUGGAUUGUGGGAGGAAACCAGAAAUCACAAAUAGAGGAAAACAUUCAAACUCCAUACAGACCAAGUCAAAUUCAAAUGGACAACUGAACAUCCCAGGUGCUGUGAGACAGCUAUGUAUUAUCUGUUUUAAGGGCUUAAAAGAAGCUUGCUUAUUGGCUUAUUUUUAAAUCUUGCUUUGAUAAAUUGCUUUGCGACAUAUAUAAGAUGAAUAACUGCGUUAGUAUUUAAUGCUGUCUUAGAUAUGCUGAUCAAUGUAUUCUAUCUAUUAUUGGGAUAAGCUAAAAAAAAAUAUUUUUCUACAGUUAUCUGUUCUGAAUUGUCUGCCUUAAUAUUGAAUGUAUCAGAGUCAUUCUGUUGUUGCAUAGGAAUACAACAAAAAUACAAGUACAGGUAUGUGCCGCUUUACGACGUUUCGGGCAGCGACGGACCACAUAUACGAUGGUGGUCCCAUAAAAAUAUAAUGGACUGAAAAAUUCCUAUCAAAGAGUGAAGUCGUAGCCAUCGUAUGGGUUGUAACGCGAUGUAUCUCUCACAUCAUGUUUUAAGCGUGUUUUGUAAACAAACCAACUGCUCUUCCAGACAUAUGAAAGUAUAUACGAUUUAUGUAUAGUAGAUAAUACAUGAUAAUGAUAAACAGCUCUGUUACUCUGGUUUAUGUAUUUACUGUACAGUAGUUUUUAUUGCUAUUGUAGAGUGUACUCCUACUUAAAAAAAGUUCCAUAAGGUAAGACAGUACUGUACACUCCAUGGUGUUUGCUUAACAACGAAGUUGAACUGCGACUGGUUACACAGAACGUCAUCCCGUCAUUAAGUGGCACAUACCUGUACCGAUAAAAAAUAUUUUGGUGCAAAGAAGAUGGCAGUAAUGUGUACACAAGCUUUUUAUAUCUUUUUGUGUGUCCACAAGACCCUCUUGGAAAAUCUCAUUCCAUCUCGGCAAAUCUAAUUCUUCAAAUUUGUCAUUGGUGUUAGUGACAGUGGAAGUACCACUCUUUCACAUAAAUUCUUAUUUUUGACAAAAAUAUUUAAAAUUGAAUCCAUUGCACUUGAUCAUUACUGAGAUGAGAAGGAUACAUUACGCAUAAUAUAAUCCAGUAUGUUGGGGGCUUACUGACUUAAUGUUUACUUUUCGAGAAGUCUCCAGUUACAUUUUCCUCUGCAGUUGUGUAAUGGCCUAUAUAUCAAACUGUGUGAAGUUAUCUGUACUUAUUAUAAGUGUUUGGGGUAAUAGAAAAAUAAUGAGGGCAGCACAGGAGGUAACAUGGUUGUUAAGGGCAUUGGCUUGUACACAGUGAAAAUUUCAAGGUAAUACCUAAUA